GAAACGUGAUAAGCUUGUUCGUCACUCUGUAGCUUUUCCUCACAGUGCAGUGUAUACUUGUAUUAGAGGCUGGUCCUCAAAACGUUCUUCUCCCCGUCUUCUGAGCUGGUCUCGUCCAUUUCUUUUCGUGAGCGCCCCACCGUCCAGGAUGCUGGCCCACGAUAUAUUUCGGAGUGCUCUCAUAGUACGUGACGCAAAAACACUAUCCAUCAGUGAAUUUUUGGAACAUCCCGACUAUCAUCAGAUCGCGUCUUUCUUUCUAGGUUGGGUUUUUAUUUGCAGUUUACUAUGCAUCGUGACCUCGCCAGUGAUGUGUCACCUGUAUCAAAUGUGCUGCAAGGCCUUUGAUGAGCGAAGGGGUCUACAGCCAGACGCCAACUUUCGCAAUGAACAUGGCACUCUUUGGAACAAUUCAGAAAAGACUCCCACGGACAUGCUUUCCUGGGGUGAUCGAAAUUCCAGCAUAACAUCAUUGGAAGAAGAAAACUCUGCUCUUGUCUUGCUGCUUUCUUUCUGUUUUGCUUUUGCGAGCGUGGCCCACUUUUCGUCCUUGCUGUCAUUCAAUUCCAAUAGUGGAGCUUCUGCUUGCACAUUUCUUGUCGCGUUGGGGGGCAUUGCUACCUCUUGUGCUCAUUUUAUGGGUUUGAUCAUCUUAAACCUUGAUCUGCGGAAAUUCGAGCUAUGGCGGUGGGAAAUAUAUUUGGCUUGGUCUUGGCUUUUCGUUGCUGGAGGUUUCGUGGUUGCAACAUGUGUUAUGAGUGCUGGAGCAGUCGCGUGCGUGGUCUCGCUCUUGUCUGCAAAGAUUCUCUGGGCUCAUCAUAGCUGCAGAUAUGUACUACAGCUCGACACCUACUUGUGCUACAGUACAAGCUACCUUCCUACAGCCUUGACCAUGUCCGCGAUGUUCAUGACCCUAGAGCUCUAUAUGAUCGGCAGACUAUUGUCCUUUAUUGCUCCGCCAUUCCUCGAAUUCAGGCAUAGGGUUGGAGCAGUGACAGAUACGAGGGUACUUCGCGCGCUAUCGCUCUUGCUCUUUGACAUUUUGAAUCUGGUACCCGGAGUGAAGGCGAUAGGUAUCGUUGGUGAAUUUGUUCCAUUCAGUAUAGGGGCUCUUGUUGUGCUAGCGAUGUUCCAAAAACAUAGAAGGAGACCGAUCCUCGGCGAACCGAUACCAGUACCUAUGAGCCUUCGAGGUUCGACAAUCUGCACCAUUCACGUUUCCAUGCCUCCCAGACACAGUGGACCAACCUAUACUCCUGGCCGUCCGUUCACUGCCCCAACGGACUUUGCAACUACUCAGACCUACCGUACUUCUAUUGCGUCGUCGCUAUCGUCCAGUCUUUACAGUUACAACACUGCCGCUCGUAGUUGCCAGACUGGUACUGGUGCUAGUGUGGUCAGGGUUGCCUCGAGAUUAAAGUAUACCCAAUCUCGCCCCCAUUUAGUCGAUCCGGCUGAGACCUACGUUUCAAGUCAUGGUCGCGAUGGAGCUGCGGAAGAGUAUACCAAAACCUGUUCCAGACCGCCCUCUGAUGCUGCUAGUGCUGGUCACAUUCUGCCUGAUCAGAAUGAUUACGCAAAUAGCUCAGAGUACCAUCAAGAUCCACCUACCCGUGGGGGUCUCCCAAUCAGACCUCGCAUGCAGAUCGCCACUUCACAACCGAGGCAGCCCCCUGCAGCCCUGAUGUCUCCACUAAUAUCCCCCGAACCUGGGGUUUACGGGUCCGAUACCAUCGGAGCGUCCGGCUCUCGUGACAAGGUGGAUGUCGCCAAGAGACCGUCUCAACGUUCCCGUCGCAGCACACUGCCAUCUAACCUCAGCCUGUUGUUGCCUUUGGAGAGUGUACCGGCUUCAGUUGUUCACUUCCAUUGUAACAGUACAGAUACUUCUGUGUCAUCUGAUGAAAAGUCUUGGGGCUCAGAGGAUCAACAUGAUCGGUGGUUGGCGUUUGGGCAGAGCAGUCUGUCACCUACCAGGCGAAGGACAUUUGAUGACAAAUCUCUUCAAUCAUUUAUUCCCCAGACAUCCCCCACUGAACAAUCGGUCACCAAUAUCCCACGUUCUUCAAAGCUACUCACCUCGAGCCCCCUUGGAGAGCAGUCUUUCAACAUUCUUAGUCUUACUGCGUCCCAGCGAUCCAUUCGCAAACUUCCAUCGCUGAAGGUGCAAGAGGAAGCGGAAGGAGAUAAUAGUCCCGUUGAUCCUUUCACCCCGGCAUUUGCAAUGUACCGUCGUGCCCCUCCAGCUAGUGGAAUGCGCAUUCGCGGACCACGUCCCCCUCCGAAGGUAUUCUCUCAAACACUACAUCGACAACAAGUUCCUUUGGUAUCGCUGAAGGUCUUGGCGCUAGCUAGUGAUAGCUAGGCAGAUUAAUGACACCAACAUGCACCCUUCAUGAACCACUUUUGAGCUCACUUAUUCUCUUCGUGCCUUUGGCGGCACUGUAAUGGUUUGUUUACUAGCGGCAAUUUUUUUGGUAUUGUUGCUCGAAUGCCCUAGCGUGUCGCCAAUAAUAUUCGCUCGGUCCCGCCAGUCCCAGGCUCUCUAUGAACCUUCAGCUAACAUAACAUUUUUGUAUCAUUUAUGACAAUCAUAUGAAAAAGUAGUGAGAAAAUUGCAUGAAAAUGUUUAGGCUGCUU